GCUGUCAGUCAGCAGUCAGCGCUCGCAGCUGCAACGACGGCGCCAACACCAGUAGCACCAACUGAACCACCUCGAGCCAAUCGAGCCAAGGAUAGGCUCGUCUUUUCAGAGUCAGCGUCAGUAGCACCAGGUUGUUGACUUCAAGCAUGGGGGUCGAUCAAGGAAGGGUAAUCGACACCGGACCGCCGACCUCAGCUGACAACUUCUCCUUCACGGUGUUGAGUGUGCAGCUGACGACGAAGCCGACUGAGAAGAAACAGCAGGAUGCCUCAGACUACGACCCGUUCUCCGAGAGGCAUGUGGAGCACCCCAACUCGGACCUGGGUUCGCUGAUGCACCUGCUGAAAGGCAGCCUCGGUUCCGGGAUCCUGGCGAUGCCAAUGGCCUUCAAGAACGCGGGCACCGUCGUUGGCUUCGUUGGGACCGUCCUCAUCGGCAUGCUCUGCACGCACUGCGUCCACAUGCUGGUGCGGUCGUCCCACAUCGUGUGCCGGAGGGCCCGUGUGCCAAUGCUGGGGUUCGCGGAGACGGCGGAGUACGCCUUCCUGUAUGGGCCGAGCCGCCUCAAGGCGUGGGCCCGCUUCUCCAGGACGUUUGUCAACAUAGCGCUGCUGACCACCUACUACAGCACCUGCUGCGUCUACCUCAUCUUCGUCGCGUCGAGCAUCAAGCAGGUGUGCGACCAGUGGUUCCCGUGGGCACAGCUGGACGUUCGGAUCUACACGGUCCUGCUACUGCUGCCGUUGGUGCCCAGCUGCCUGUUGCGCAACCUCAAGUAUCUGGUGCCCUUCUCGGCGACUGCCAACAUUUGCAUCGUGGUGGGCUUCGCCUGCACGCUCUACUACAUGCUUCGUGACCUGAAUGACCCCGGCGAGUUGCCGCUCAGCGUGGACGUCGCGCGCUUUCCGCUCUUCUUCAGCACCGUCGUCUUCGCCAUGGAGGGGAUAGGAGUGGUGAUGCCGGUGGAGAACGAGAUGAGGCAUCCGCAGCACUUCCUGGGAUUGGGAGGCGUCCUCAACAUCGCCAUGGCGGUCGUCGUCUCGCUGUACGCCCUCAUCGGCUUCUUCGGCUACGUCACCUAUGGGGAGAACACCGCGGGCAGCAUCACCCUUAACCUGCCCGUCGACGAGCGACUGGCGCAAGCGGUGAAGAUCCUGAUAGGACUGGCGGUGCUGUUCACGUACCCGCUGCAGUACCACGUGGCCGUGGGAAUCGUGCUGCAGAUGGUGCGGGACCGCGUGCCAGAGAAACGCCUCGACCUCCUGGAGUACGGCAUGCGGGUGGUUGGAGUGCUGGGCACAGUGGCGCUGGCGACGGCGGUCCCGAAGCUCGACCCUGUGGUGUCGCUGGUGGGUGCCGUGUGCUUCUCGACGCUGGGUCUGCUUUGUCCGGCCGCCAUCGAGAUGGCCACCUGCUGGCCCAGCCGCCGGACUAUCGUUAAGGACUCACUCAUCAUCGUGCUCGCACUCGCAGCCCUCGUCUCUGGGUCCUACACCAGCGUCCUGGGCAUCAUCGACGCCUACUCAGAGUAGCCAAGGCUCAAACACCAGCAUCUUCAGAUCCAUAGAAGCCUACUCUUAGUAGCCAAGUCAUACACCAGCAUCCUCGAUAUCAAUAAGGCCUACUCUGAGUAUCCCUUGUUCAUACACUAGCUUCCUCGACAUCACUGAGGCCUACUCAGAGUAUUACAUCAGCCUCCUCGAAAUAACUGAUGCCUAUUCUGAAUAUCCAGUGGUCACACAUUGACAUUCUCGACAUCACUGAGGUCUACUCUGAGUGGCCUAGAGUCAUACACCAGCAUCCGCAAAAUUAUAGAAGAAUACUCUAAGUAGGUAACGUUCAUACACCUGCACCCUCGACAUCAGCGACGCCUUCUCUGAGUAGCCAAGGAUUAUGAACCACUGCCCUCAUAAUCAUUAAGGCCUGCUCAGAAAAACCAAGGGUCAUAUAUGAUCCUCAACACUAUCAAGGCCUAUUUUGAGUAUCAAAGGGUCAUACACCAUCAUCAUUUGUUCCUAUGGUGAGGAACAGAACUCUAAUUCACCAUUAUAUACAUCACCAAAUCUUAUGUUGAGUAGGUUUGACCUUAUACCAGCAUCCUCAUCAUCCUCGAGGUGUCCUCCAUGUAGCCCAAGGUUCUACAGGAGCAGUCUUAACGUCGCCGAGACCUACUUCGAGAAGCCCUAGGCCUACUCGAGUAGCCCUAGCUCCUAGUUUAGUUUACCAAACGUCACUGAACCUUCUCAUAUGUAACACAAAUCGUAAACCUGGAGCAACUGUGGGAUAGCUUCAGCAACACUGAAGUCAACCAGCCUGUGAAUUCGUUUAAAUGAUAUGUUGCUCUACACAUAAUAACUAUGUGGCUUCAUAUUGGUAACUGAAAGUAGUUCUAAAUGAACACUCUUCAGAAUGAAGUUGUUUCCCUUGGGUAGCAGCUUCGAUCAUACCGUGUGUGUACAACAAAAUAGUGUGUGACUGACCAGCUCUAUUAUGACACGCUUGCUGAAAUUGCAGGUAUACAUGUCACUACUGUUCACUGGAUUAUGACGGUGCUGUGAAGUAAUAUUCUCUGUGAUCUUUCACACAUCUCUGAAACCAAUAUAUCAGCUAUGAACCAUGGAAUGUAACAGUCCCGUUGUUUACCUAAGCUACCUCGAUAUAAGACUCAUUCAUUGCUUUCGAGUGAAUAUAGUUCAUCAUGAUUCGAUCAUAGUGUGAUACGACGUUCUCUGAGAACCACUAACUAUCUUACAUACAGACACUAUUACACAUGGCACUGUGAGGCGGCAUAUAGUGUUCAACAGUAAUCUGUUAUCCCAUGUGCUUCUUCAGAUAUAUGGAGUGAUUAAAAUUACCGGACGAUUUAUGGUGUUAAGUACAUUACAUUACCAUUGCUCGUGUUCAGAAAUCAGUAUUCAGUCUAGUGUAACUCUCAUCUAUUAAAUACAUUUUAACUUCGUGGUUCCCCUUAAGAAACUGUAACUUUCCAGUAGAGGUGGGAUAUUAAAAUUCUGCCUCUUCCUUACAGCAUUUUUGAAUGACUUUCAUGUACUUUUCAAAUAAUUUUCCUGUGCCAAGAAAGGAUGUGUUUUAUUUAUUUUCCAACGAUAUUAUUUUGUAAUAUAGUGUUAAGACUAAUGUAUUUUCCCUUUAUGUGUUUCAGACAUCUUAGCCUACUGUACUAGUUUGAGUGACCAUGUUCGUUUCAACAGAGCUAUCACUCUAAUACCAAUUGUACAGAAGUCUACAGUACAGUGUAUUUAUAACUCAAAAAUUCUUAUGUAAAUUACUCAAAAGAUGUUCUCCGCAAAAUUAAUGCAAUUAAGAAACUUGUUAAAAGAUUAAUUGUAUUUGAUAGCUUUAUCAUAAAUUAUUUUGUAAGAAAAUCGUUCUAUAAUGACAUAAACGUCAAUUAUAUUAAGAGAUGUGCAAGAACUCUGACAUGACGUUGUGAUGAUCUUUAUAUGUUUCAUUCAUAUUUCUGAAUUAAACUUCACAAAAGUAAGGUUUUGCAAAUGCUAUAAUUUUUUAAUUGUAAUAAAUUAUAUAUUUGUAAUAUUUCAAUCAUGAAUCAAAGUUGAGAAAUCAUGUUCCUGACAUAAGUUUCAAUGCAAUAUAUAUGUUUAGACAGACAUAAAAGAACCAUAACUCUAAGGCUGAUGAAGAAUUUUUGUUAGUGUAGUUGACAACGUGGCACAAUAACAGAAGAUUU